ACAAUGGCAACCACGGAUCAACUUUGCAUCAUACCGCCGAACGAGUGGAACGAACUACGUGAUCUGUUUCGGGAAAGUUGGCCCGAACAUCACAUGGCCUAUACAACGAUUGACAACUACAUCCGGUGGUAUGAAAAGGAUAGCAAUAUUAAACAUCUCACCAUUUACUGCUUGAACGGAAGCUGGCGUUCAGAUGGAACUUAUUUAGUUGUGGAUCGCUAUCAGCUGUUUGCGUACAGCCUGGAACCAAGUAACUGCGUACUGGAAAAGGCUCUUCAUCUGCUUGAUUGGAGUACGGGAUUGAAAGUGAGUUCCUUACUCGCCCGUCAUCGAGCGCCUGUUAUCAAUGUGAUCACUGCGAAAAAUCUGGAGAAAGAGUAUGACAGUGAAACAAUACUUUUCUACAUGCCGAAAGCCGAUUGCGAUGCACUGUGUCUGACUGUACCGGAAGGAUUUGAACUGAAGCCGUUACGUUCGGAGGAUGCUGCUAAGGCGAACGAUCAUUGGCCAAAUCGACACCAGGGUUCGUUGUUCUUCUUGCAGCGGUUGGCUGCAUGGAAUGCAAACGUGGGACUGUACGAGCGUUCAUCCGGUACAUUGGUGGCGUGGUGCUUUCGUCUGCAGGCUGGACCUCUCGGAGCCCUGCAAGUCGAUCCGGAAUAUUUGCGACGCGGGUUUGGUACGGUAGUGGCAAUUGCAACGGCUAAACAAACAGCCGAUCUCGGUCACGAUUGUUGUGCUUUAGUAAAUGCGAAUAAUAUCCCAUCGAAGAGGAUGUUUGAACGAAUUGGCUUCAAACAUAGCGGGGAAGCAUAUUGGAUAAGAACAAUACCGACUGUGCCAAACGAAUGGCAAGAUUGA